CCUCCUCCUCCUCCUCCUCCUCCUCACACCUUUUGGUCAGAAGAGGAAGCCCAGCCCAGGGAGAGACGCUGAGAGGAUGAAACUCUGACACGCCGACAGACCACAGGGAAACAAGAGCACAACUAUAAUUGCUUGAAGGCAGCGCCCAGGAAGGUCAGCCAAGAAUCCCGCUGUAGGUGCCAAAGUGAAAUCUACAGGACUACAAUUACUUGGACAGACUGAGGCGGUGGAGCAAAGUGAAUGACAGGAAGUGAUUGGCACAGUGUGGCGUUGACACUGGACUUCGCUCUCAGAAUCUACAACAAGUGCUUCUCCUCUUCCAAACUCCUCCAGCCUCUGACAGGUUGUAUCUGACGGAGGGACCGGUGCCGGGCUCCCAUCCCCACGCUCCUUCAACAACAACACUGGUUCGUCAGCACCUGUGGCAGCAGCAGCGAGUAGAGUGACCCAGCUUCAGCCCGACCGGCUUUACCUGUACAUGGAGACCCCCAGCUGGGCAGGAAACACGUUGUGUAAGUCAGGAAACAUUGCUGUCUUCGGGAACGUGGUGUACAGCGGACUGCUGAACGAUCACCUCUGGCAUUUGGGAGUGCCCCUCUUUACAAGACUGGGUAACCAAGAGGCCACUAAUCCCCCAGAAGCGAUGGCCCAGCCGUACACCCCAGCCCAGUACCCCCCACCCCCACAGAAUGGCAUCCCCGCAGAGUUCGCAGCACCGCACCCACUUCCAACGCAGGACUACAGCGGGCAGAGCCGGGUCCCUGAACACGCCAUGACCCUGUACACGCCCACACAGACGCACAGCGAGCCGGCCGGCACUGACAACAGCACGCCCGCCAUCACCGCCACCACGACCGCACCGGUCAGUGUCCUUCAUCAUCUGCAAACACUGUUCUCAACACGCUGUCAGCAAACAGAUGAUGUGACGCAAAUAGAGGGCUCUCAGCAGCUCCAGCUCCAGCACUCAGACUCUUCAGAGAAGCAGCAGCCCAAAAGGUUACAUGUCUCCAACAUUCCCUUCCGCUUCCGGGACCCUGACCUAAGGCAAAUGUUUGGGCAAUUUGGAAAGAUUUUAGAUGUGGAGAUUAUCUUUAAUGAGCGAGGAUCCAAGGGCUUUGGGUUUGUAACUUUCGAAACAAGCACAGAUGCCGAUCGUGCGCGGGAGAAACUAAAUGGUACAAUCGUAGAGGGACGCAAAAUAGAGGUGAACAACGCAACAGCACGAGUGAUGACAAACAAAAAAGUGGCCAACCCUUACACGAACGGCUGGAAGCUGAAUCCAGUGGUGGGAGCUGUCUACGGUCCUGAACUGUAUGCCGUAACAGGGUUUCCCUACCCUGCCACAGGCGCUACCGUGGCCUAUAGGGGUGCCCACUUGCGAGGUCGAGGGCGGGCCGUGUACAACACGUUCCGCACAGCUCCACCCCCACCACCCAUCCCAGCUUACGGAGCGGUGGUGUACCAAGAUGGCUUCUAUGGUGCAGAGAUCUAUCCGCAACCGCCGCAACCACCGCACCGCUGCCUCCCUGCACCACUCUCCGUCGGACGUCUUCCCUCCGGAGGAUAUGCAGCAUACAGAUUUGCCCAGCCCGCCACCACCGCUGCUUACAGUGACAGCUAUGGCAGAGUCUAUGCAACGGCAGACCCCUACCACCACACGAUUGGCCCCGCAGCCACAUACAGUGUGGGGACUAUGGCUAGCCUAUACAGAGGAGGGUACAGUCGCUUCACUCCCUACUAAAAGAAAGAAAAAGAAAAGACAGAGACAUUACCGCAGCAAACAAACAAAACAAAAAAAACGAUCUUAAAAAAUAACACAAAACAACACAAAACAAGCAAAGGCCCGGUCCUUGGUGGAGAGCUAAAUCAAACUAAAAGCUUCCAGGUCCCCACGCUGAGCCCCUCCCCCUGACACCCUCUCAAGCUGAUUUUUCUACAACAACCUAUUUGAUGUCAUCAUUGGUCUGCUCUUGUUUUGUAUUCAUUUUGUGCUUUUGGUUUUCUUUUGGAAAGUGUUGUAUGCACAUGUGCAUUACCUUGAUUGCUGUAUAUGGGUGCUGUGUCACCAUAACCAAUGUGAGCCUACUGCAGCACGCAUGAUGCAUGCUCAGAGGUGUGUGAAUACGCAGCCGCUGUCCUCUGACUAAGAAUAUACUGGGGCAUUUCUUUUUUAUGAUACAUGCAUGACAAACUGGAAACAUAGCAGGUGUUAUCGGUCCACGCUGAUCCAAUUCCAAUUGUAACCUUCCAUUAAGGACAAAGAGCUCGGUGUACACGCUGACUCACAUGCCUCGGUAAUUCUUAGCUCAAAGACGGCACUGUUCUGACUGCUUUUGUUUUUUCUUUAAACGUUGGAGUGUCCUACUGUUGUGCACUUGCAGUGGAGCCUUACUACCUGUACUAUGUGGUCUGACAGCAUGCAGACCACUGCCUGAAGAUCAGAUUUCUGUCUCACAAUGCUCACACUUUGGCUCAGUCUUCUGCAAAUCACUCGAUGUUUAUAUGCAACUAUUCUGCACGGUUUUAGAGGGAAGUGGAGCGUUGUGUUCAGGAACAAAAAAAACUGUUAAAAUGGGGAUAGAGCGUUUGUUUUUCCAACCAGCAGCCUCGGUUUGCAUCGCCCAUUCUAUAGUUGGCAGUGAUAUUUGAAACAUUAAAUGGGGAUUUGCAUAUCAA